AUGUUCCGCCGUCCCGUCGCGCAACACAUCUUUCCUGUGUGCUUUGCUCGUUUUCUGACAGUUACGCCGAUCCCUAUGCCAGCUCUCUCUCCAACCAUGGAGAAGGGAAAAAUAUCUGAAUGGGUCAAGAAGGUUGGAGACGCAGUUGAAACGGGCGAUACAUGGUGCAAGGUUGAAACAGACAAAGCCGUUGUUUCGUACGACAAUGUGUCAGAGGACGGCUUUGUCGCCCGUAUUCUUGUUCAAGUUGGGGAAGAGGCCACAGUCGGCGAUGCGGUGUGCCUUAUUGUGGAUGAGGCGUCAGGUGUUAACUCAGAUGAGGUUAAGAACUGGCAGGCCGCUGGCAGUUCCCCUGCGGCAACUCAGUCAAAGGUGCAGGAGGUUCCCUCACCCACACAAGUGGCGCCACUACCAGCCGGCGGAAAGGAGGCUGGUGGUCGUGUGAAGGCGUCUCCCCUGGCCCGAAAGACGGCGGCGGAGCUCAAUGUAUCACUCGACACCAUCGAGGGCACUGGGGGAGGGGUGGGCCGAAUCGUGAGGAAGGACGUUGAAGCUGCAGCGUCAAAGCGUGAACACGCUGCUCCCGCCGCCGCGCCUGCCGCUAAGCCCGUCGUGCCAGUAAUAGCCACGACUCCAUCAACCCAGAACUACACCGACAUCCCCGUCACGAACAUGCGGUCAACGAUCGCCAAACGCCUUACACAAUCAAAGAACGUGGAGAUUCCGCAUUACUACCUUUUCGAGGAGUGCUGCGCAGAGAAUAUGAUGGCCCUGGUACAGCAACUCAACUCCAAGGGUGACGGCAAGUAUAAAAUCACGCUUAAUGAUUAUAUCAUCAAAGCAGUGGCGCGGGCGAAUAUGCUGGUUCCCGAGGCUAACAGCUCGUGGCAAGGGGACUUUAUCCGUCAGUAUCGCACCGUUGACGUGAGCGUUGCAGUCGCAACUCCCACAGGGCUCAUCACCCCCAUAAUUAAGGAUGCACAGGCACGUGGGUUGGUCGACAUUUCGAACGAGAUGAAGGUCCUUGCAAAAAAAGCCCGCGAGGGGACACUUCAGCCACACGAGUUCAUUGGUGGAACAGUGUCUGUGUCCAACCUCGGAGCCAGCGGUAUCCCCGGUUUCACAGCUAUUAUAAAUCCCCCGCAGGCGCUCAUCGUAGCUGUUGGCUCCGCCAAACCCCGUCCGCGUAUGUCUUUAGAUCCGGACACAGGAAAGUACACAGUUGGCGCGGAAGCUGAGAUGUUUGUAAGGUUUACCGCAUCAUUUGACCACCGCGUGGUUGAUGGUGCCGUUGCGUCUCAGUGGUGCAAACACUUCAAGGAUGCGGUUGAGAACCCACUCUCGCUAUUGCUGUAG